AUGUAAAACAAAUUGAAAUCUCCGUAGAACUAAAGUCAAAAGUAGAACACAAGCUCAUCCAAUAUUUAAUCACAAAGAAAUAUCCUGAGCGGAAGAUCAGACAGAGAAUCAAUUACAAUGGGAAACGGAAAUAUGAUAUAAAACUAACAAAGCCAAUACUCUUCUUAAAAUCAGGGCAACUAUGCCCCCCAAACAGCUCAUCUUCCAACAACGCAGUCAAAGGUCAAGAAAGUUUUAGCAUUCACUCUGAACUAAAAUAUCAAUGCUGCAGCUUACUAAUCAGCUCAACAUUCAACAUCUUCAAACUAUCAGCAUAAUUAAUCUAAGAAAUAAGAACCUAGUCCUCAGUCAAAGAAGUCCAAUCAAGUGGUUAACAGAUAUGAGUCACUCUAAAGCAAACUUAAGAAUAAGAGAAGAUAAACAGCUAAUGGCUCUGGUCAACAGUCAUUAGGAAUUAGUCAACAAAUGCUAAACAGUGGUGGAAAUGGGAAUAUUGCCGUAUCUACCUCAACUUCUGCCGUAUAUGCAAAAUAAAGCCAAUAAUUGCAAGAGGCUAAACUGAAUUCCACUUAGAAAUUCUCGGCAAACAGCUAUAAUAUGUCAUAAACUGGCUAAUCUACUCAAAGGAAACAUCUCAAAUUAUCAGUAGAUAACUCUGACUCAAGUUUUAAUAACAUGACGAUAAAAUCUGCUGACAAGUAAAAUAGCAUUAUUAGAAGUAUUCCUCAAUCUACCAAAAACGGUGAUAUCUUACUUAAGUAGCAAUAGCAACAGAUGACUCCCACAAGCAACUCAGGUCUUAUAAACUCAAGUGCUAAUCUUUUAUAUCAAUCCCACUUUUCAACAAACUCCAGAUUCACCACAACUAGACCAGUACAAAUAGGAUCUGAUUAGCUUCAACACUCAGGCCUCUACCAAAAAGUGACAGACAGAUAAACAAACGCAGCCUCACUAUUAAACUCAAAUAGCAAUGGCAAUCUUUAAAUGAACUAAUAGUAACCCUAUAAAUCUAAGUUCACACUUGUUAACAGACCCAUUGAUCUAGCUCCAUAGACAUCCAAAGAGAAGCAUAAAAAGAGCUUCUAAUUCUAAACUCAGUAAUCCAUCUCAGGUGCUGACUCAUUUAGAAAGCAAACUAACUUGUCCACAAAUCAAGCAUAGAUUCAAGGUCAACUAUUGGCUCAGCAAUAAAAGCAAAUCUCCAGCAAUGGACAGCCAACCGGGCUAAUGUUUAGUCCAAAAGCAGUGCCUGGCUAAUAGCAACAACCAUAAUAGUAUAAAACAAAGAAUUAAUUAAGUUCAAGAGGUAACCAAAACUAAAAAUCUAGUAAUAUUGAAUCUCACAGAGCGUCAAUAGGUGCUGUUUAAAAGCAUAAAUUAUUCUUAACAUCCUAAGAUUCUAUACUUAACUCACCUGAUACAGCAUUCUCACCUGUCAAGGAGUAACCAUAAUAAAACAACAACUUGAAAAACUUUAUGAAAGAUAAACCCAAGCCUAGUGAAUUUAAACCUCCACUUAAUAACUAAUCAGUAGAUGCAGCUCUUUAGCAGCAUCAACAUCAUAAGUCAUUGACUAAUCCUUAGAUACAACUUCAAGGUUCACUAAUCAUUAACGAAUUCAAUAUGAAGUCAAAGAAGAGCACUAACAAUGGAAAUAACAUAGAUGAGACUAUCUAAGAGGAGAAUCAUGAGGAGAGUGCUUAAAAUACUAAGAGAAGCAGCAAUUCUAUUCCAGCUGAAAUCAACUAAACGAAUCAAGCAAUGGAGUCCUUGGAAUCAUAGCCAACCAUAUCAAUUGAGCAGCAUCAGCAGCAAUAAUAAAUGCUUGAAGAGUAAAAGAAAAAUCAAACUUUACUAGCACUAAAAGAGCAAUUAAAGGCUUAAAUUAAUAAGUAGCACCAGGCAUUUUCAAACCCUCAAUCGAUUUCAUAGAUUGAUGCUACUGAAGUUAGAUACCCAAUAUCCCCAGGUUAAGCACUUAAAUUAUUCUUGAACAACUUGACUGACUAUGAGAAGGGAGAAAUCCUCAACCAAAAAGAGGUCUACUUCCUAGGUCUUAAUGCCUAGAAAAUUCAUGGAUCUCCAAGACUUCCCCAUAAUUAUGGGUAUGAUGAUGAUAGAGGUGAUUAUCAAGUAGUUUUGAGAGAUCAUUUGGCUUAUAGAUAUGAAGUCUUAGACUUCUUAGGCAAAGGUAGCUUCGGACAAGCUUUGAAGUGUUACGAUUACAAAACUAACUAAUUUGUUGCCUUGAAGAUCAUCAGAAACAAAAAGAGAUUCCAUCAUCAAGCUGGAGUUGAACUUAAAAUCUUACAGUAUCUAAAGGAUCAUGACCCAGAUGAUGUUAACAACAUUAUCAGAAUUAAAGACCAUUGCAUCUUCAGAUAGCAUUUAAUUAUCAGCUUUGAGCUGCUGAACAUUAACUUAUAUGAGUUCAUUAAGAACAAUAACUUCAGAGGUAUCUCCUAAGGGUUGAUAAGAAGAUUUGCCAUUUAGAUUCUCUAAGCUCUAAAAUAUCAAAGAGACCAUGGGAUUAUACAUUGUGAUCUAAAGCCAGAGAAUAUCUUACUAAAAUAACCAAAUAAAUCUGGCAUUAAGAUCAUUGAUUAUGGUAGCAGUUGUUUCUAAGGGCAAAGAAUUUACACAUACAUUCAAUCAAGGUUUUACAGAGCUCCAGAAAUUAUCCUAGGUAUUCCUUACUCUACAGCCAUUGAUAUGUGGAGUUUUGGAUGCAUAUUAGCUGAGCUUCAUACUGGAUUCCCUCUAUUUCCAGGUGAAAAUGAGAUGGAAUAACUAGCAUUCAUAAUGGAAAUCAAAGGUGUCCCUCCCGAUUAUAUACUUGAUAUUUCAAGCAGAAAAAAGUUAUUCUUUGAUUCUGAAGAUUAGCCAAUUAUAGUUGCUAACUCCAGAGGCAAAAAGAGAAGGCCAAACACCAAAACCCUUAAGGCUAUUUUACAAACAAGCGAUAACAACUUCUUAAACUUUAUUGAUAGAUGUCUGGACUGGGAUCCAUUCAACAGAAUGACACCAUUAGAAGCAUUACAUCAUGAAUGGAUCUUAGAGGGAUUACCUCCAAAAGUUUUAGUUCAUCAUUAACGUAUGUUUGGCUAAAAGGAAGACAAGGCUGGCAUCAGAGAAGCCACUUUAACUUAAAUUCAAGGCUUUCCACCAGAUGCAGAAUCAAAUACUAUUUUUACUUCUAAUAAAUAAAAGUCCAGCAAUGCGGGAGCAAGCUAGCAAUAGCAAUCAAAGAGGGAAGAGAUCCAAAAUAUUACCAUAGAGUAAUAAGAAGUUUAGAUUGUACCUUCUUCUCAGGUAUAAUCAGAUCUAGUGUAAACUCAGUAAAAUUACUAAGCAUAGGCAUUCAUAGUCAAUUAAACAGGAUCCUCUUAGUCAUAAACAGGUCAAAAGAAGAAUAGAACGAUAUAGUUGUUUAUGCAAGAGAUGUUCGAUGAAAAAGCUCCUUCAUCAGAGGAUGUAAAUUAGAAUUAAUUCUUUGCACCUCAGCUGUAAAUUGAGCCCUAAACAUUCUAUGGACAUCAGAAGCAAAGCUUUAAGAGUUCAACUCAAAAUAUAGGGAAAAUUAAAGAGUAUGACUAGCAAGUAACUAUCACUUAUGAAGGCUCUGCAGUUGAUGAAGAUAUGGAAGAAGGUGCUCACUUUAGCUAGACUUAGAAAAUACCUAUUUCACUUAUCAAAUAACAAGAUAAAGUUGUCACUCCCAACCAAAAUGUGCACCAGCAAUUUUAUAACCCCAAACAAGGAGGUCCAAAGCUUAAUAAUUAUCUGACAUAGGCAAACCAAAACAAACAUAGUGGAAGCAAUGCUCAAUUUAACUUCGGAGGCAAAAAGCAGUCACAUGGAGGUUCCUUCCACAAAGCACAUUAAUCCUCAGGCAUCGAUUUGUUAGCCUCUGCUAGAAAUACCAAUAGAACUAAUUAGCAAUAAAAAUCCAACAACAACUCUCAUCAUCAGUAAGUAACACUUCUUUGUUUAUAAAUUUUUUAUAGAGUUUCUACAAAAUAAGAUGUGAAGUAAAAUGCAUAUACAUUGAAAUAGAUCACUUCUUAGAGGACUGUUGGAUACGGAACUGACUAAGUAAAUAUGAAUGUGCAAAUGCAGCCUGCUUAGCAACACUAGACUCAGAGUAUAAAGAUCGAUCUCGCAAGCUCAUAGUUCAGCAGUAGUGCCAAUUCAACUAAUAAAUGA